AACGGCGAAAAGAAGGUGGUUUGCGAAGGAUUGAGAACUGGUAGUGAGCACAAGAGAAGAGAGAGACAAUAAAACGGUAAUCUCUCUUUAACUCCCAGAAUCACCGACUAUCCCAAAAAGAAAAUAACUAAAAUGACGAGCCGUACGAGUUAUGCGAUUGACCGUGUGUCAAAACAUAACUGGCUCAGAGUAGUACCAAAGCCAAUUUAAUAGGAUCAAGGCCAACGACCUUUUAAAAUACCUCCGAGCUCACCAAUUCACCACCCCAGGUGAUCCUCACUCUUCCAGUGCCCUCUCCCUCUCACACCUGGGAGCUCACUCACAGACACCCACACACACACCAUGCUUCUCCGGUGUGAAUUUUGAGCCAUUCAUUCACUCCAUUCACGUUUUUAUCUCCUCCUUAGCCAUAAUCUCAAAUACAAUCACGAAAUUAACCGAAAAACGAUAAUUAAUCCAGACUGAACCACGCCAUUUCCGUACGCGAAGCUAAGCUACCCGAAUGGCGAUGGCGGCAACGAUUUCGUUUACUUCCUCACCGACUCCAAUCCCCGUACGCUUCUCGACGCGGGCCUCCACAACGACGUCGCAGAAGCGGGGACACGUGGUGGGCAGCAUGGGGCACUUGGCUGAGGUGGUUCGCAAGGACGUGGAGUUUCUGAAGAAGGGAAUCGGCAGAGGAGUGGAGUGGGCGAACGAGGCUCUCCACAUUCCUAGGGUUUUUAAAACCCUAGACGACGUCUUGUGGCUCCGGAAUCUCGAAGAACCCCACGCCCCUCCGUUAGAGCCUCGUCCGUGGCCUCAACCUUGCUAUCCAGAACUGUCUGGUGUGGAUUUGUUGAUGGCUGAUCUCAAAGCCUUGGAGGCGUACGCUGGUUAUUUCUACUAUCUGUCUAAGAUUUGGUCUAAGCCACUUCCUGAAGCCUAUGACCCACAAGAUGUUGCUGACUAUUUCAGUUGCAGGCCUCACGUAGUGGCCCUUAGACUUCUUGAGGUAUUUUCCUCCUUUGCAUCUGCUGCAAUCAGAAUUCGAAGCCCUGGUAUCAGAAAGUUCUUAAGACUCAGUUCAGAUAAGGAUAUUGAUGGGAGUGUAUCACAAUACAAUUUUGGUAUGGUGUUAAAAGAGACAAUGCUAAGCCUUGGUCCUACCUUUAUCAAAGUUGGUCAGUCCCUUGCCACAAGGCCAGAUAUUAUUGGUACUGAGAUUUCCAAGGCAUUGUCUGAGCUGCAUGAUCAAAUACCUCCUUUUCCCAGGACUGUGGCUAUGAAAAUUAUUGAGGAAGAAUUAGGUUCUCCUGUGGAAUCAUUCUUUCACUACAUCUCUAAUGAACCUGUUGCUGCAGCAUCAUUUGGUCAGGUCUACCGCGGGAAUACUAUUGAUGGUUUUAAUGUUGCGGUGAAAGUUCAGCGUCCUAAUUUGCAUCAUCUGGUUGUGCGGGACGUCUAUAUUCUUCGCCUUGGGCUGGAGAUAUUUCAAAAGAUAGCAAAGAGAAAAAGUGACCUUCGCCUAUAUGCCGAUGAGCUUGGGAAAGGUUUAGUUGGGGAAUUGGAUUACACUUUGGAGGCUGCAAAUGCUUCAGAGUUUAUGGAAGCUCAUUUUCCCUUUCCAUUUAUUCGUGUGCCAAAAAUGUUUGUGCAUUUAACUCGAAAGAGAGUUCUGACUAUGGAGUGGAUUGCUGGUGAAAGUCCAACUGAUUUACUUUCUGUAUCUACUGGAAAUGCUGUUGAUGAUGGCUCUCCUUAUUCAGGGAGGCAGAAACUUGAUGCAAAAAAGCGUCUUCUUGAUCUGGUUAGGAAAGGAGUGGAGGCAUCGUUAGUUCAACUCCUUGAAACAGGCCUAUUGCAUGCUGAUCCACAUUCAGGAAACUUGCGGUACACGGCCUCGGGACAAAUAGGGUUUCUGGAUUUUGGUUUGCUUUGUCGGAUGGAAAAGAAGCAUCAGUUUGCUAUGCUUGCAUCUAUAGUGCACAUAGUAAAUGGGGACUGGGCAUCCCUUGUUCAUGCCCUGACUGAAAUGGAUGUUGUAAGGCCAGGGACUAACAUCCGGCGUGUGACAAUGGAUCUGGAAUAUGCCUUGGGAGAAGUAGAAUUUAAAGAUGGAAUUCCCGAUGUCAAGUUCAGCAGGGUUCUGGGUAAAAUCUUGUCUGUAGCCUUCAAAUAUCAUUUUCGCAUGCCACCAUACUACACACUUGUCCUACGUUCUCUAGCUUCCUUGGAAGGUCUGGCAGUAGCUGCAGAUGACAAUUUUAAGACAUUUGAAGCUGCAUACCCUUAUGUUGUUCAGAAACUUCUCACUGAUAAUUCAGCAGCAACGAGGAAGAUUUUGCACUCGGUGAUUUUAAAUAAAAAGAAGGAGUUCCAGUGGCAGAGGCUUGCUCUUUUCUUAAGAGUAGGUGCGACUAGGAAAGGCUUGUCCAAGGUGAUAGCAUCCACCAGUGAGGCUUCCCUUGAUUAUGCACCGAAUAGCGCUACUGGUGUUUUUGAUGUUGCAAACUUAAUCAUGAGGCUUCUACCAUCUAAAGAUGGUGUUGUGCUAAGAAGACUCUUAAUGACUGCAGAUGGAGCUUCAUUAAUCCAAGCAAUGGUUUCCAAGGAGGCAAAAUUCUUCCGCCAGCAACUCUGCACAAUCAUUGCUGACAUAUUGUACCAAUGGAUGUGUGAAGCACUCGGACAAGACAUUGCAAUAACCCAGUCUAGUUCGCAGUUGAGAUUCAUGAGCGGACCUGACAACAGAGAGCUAGGUUCAUCUUCCAGAUUAUCCACACCCAUAUGUGAUUACAAUUCCAUCUUGAGGGAUCGGCGGCUCAAAGUGAUCUUUUUGAAAGCUCUAAACUCGACAAGGAGACGUCCAGUAUUGUUUGCGAGGUUCUGCUUGGCUUCCUUUGUAAUGUUUGUAACAGCUUCUGCUGUGGCUUGUCAUCGGAUCCUAGUCUCUCUGUCCGAAACCUACAUUGGCCGGGUACCAGUUGCUCCCAAGCGAUUUGCUUUCAGUGCAUGAUAUUUCCACCUGUAAAGUACUUGGGCCGGCGGAGAACAUUCAUCACCAGGAAUACAUAUUUGAGCCGUCCAGUAAUUUCAGAGUUCCUCUUUUGAAGAAGAUUGAAUGCAGACACUAUCACCAGUUGACCCUUCUAGUAAUUUUACGAUAUAAAGAUGAUUGGAGCCACUUUUGGGAAAGAAGGCUGACAAGUAGAUCAGUAUAUAUGGCUUGACUUGGGAUUUAUGGUGCGAGUCACACUGAUACCUUCCCUUGCAACUUGUUCUCAGAUUCAAUGUGAGGUCCAAUACUUUGUUGGGUAUUGGCGAUGGUAAGGGUCCUAAGGGAUAUACAUGGUGAGAUAUCAAGGUUGGAUGCAGAAAGACGCCAAGAGCUCAUGAAUGUUCUCUGGUAAUGGAAAUAUAUAUAUAUAUAAACUCUGUAAUAUGUUUAGAGAAGAAAAUUGUAUACAAAUUGAUAUCGUGCGUAAAAAGAUACCAAAUCAUUGAUGGGAUGACGAUUAUUGACGGAUGUUGUAUUGGAAACAUGUCAUGCUGCGAUUUAUUUAUGAAAUGAUAAAAAUUGAUAUCCAACAUUUUAUACUAAUAACACAUCUAACCUUUUCCCGCAUUUGAUUAAAAAAAAAAGAAAAAAAGAAAAAGAAAAACACAUCAAGACUGCACAUUGUUCAGCCGCUUCGCACCUAGUGUUUGGAAGCAUUCUCAUAGCCGUUUCCCACUUAGUGUUUGGAAGCAUUCUCAUAAGAUCAUUUAUUCUCUCGUCUAUUCGAAUUAAAAGUGGUAAAGAUCCCCCUCGUAACCUUUUUCCCCCUUCAA